AUGUCUACCAUUUAAGUAUCUCAUUACUCCAUAAACAAAAAUGAAAUGUUAGGCAAAGGAGCUUAUGGUAUAGUUUAUUCUUGUAAAAGUGAAAAUAAUUUAAAAAAUAAAGAUUUGUGUGCUAAAGUAUUCAAUAAAUUUAUUUAGGUUAUUGAUUAUACGACUUAAAUAACAUAAGUUUAAAAAGAAGUUUAGUUACUUAAAUUGCUUUAAAAAGUUGAUAAUCCUAAUUUAGUUUAAAUUCAUGAUAUUAUUAUUGAAAAAAAUUAACUUUAUAUUAUAAUGGAUAGAUGUAGAGGAGGGGAUUUAAAAAAUCUUAUUUAGAAUUAUUUCUUGUAGAAAAAAUACUUUUCUAUAGUUGAAAUUAUGGAUAUGAUUAGAUAAAUAUUAUUAGGAUAUAAAUCAUUAAUUUAAAAUUCAAUUAUUCAUAGAGACUUAAAACCAGCAAAUAUUUUAGUUGAAUUUGAUGCAAACCAAAGAAUUAUUUUAAAAGUAUUUUGUUAUUUAUUUAUAAAUGAUAGUUAACUGAUUUUGGAAUGGGAAGAAUCUUAGAUGAUAUCAGUAUAAAAUAAUUUUAGACAAGGGUUGGAACUCCAAUAUAUAUGGCUCCAUAAAUAGUUAAUGGAGAACCAUUCUCUUCUAAAUGCGAUAUAUUCUCUGUAUAAAUUGAAAGUAUUUUAGUUGGGAAUAAUUUUGCAUGAAUUAGCAUUCCUUGAAAUACCUUAAGAAGGACUAAAUAAAUUGGAACGUUAUUCAUUUUAGAAAUCUUUAAAAAUUAAACCAUUUGUUUGUCCUGAUUUAUUAUAAAAUAGUCCUUCUUAAUAGAAACAAUUCAUUUAAAAAUUAAUUAAUUAAAUGUUAAGUUUAAAAGAAGAAAGAAGACCUAGUUGGGAAGAAUUACUAAAAUCGGAAAUAAGUAUAAUUCAAAUUUAUUUUAGUGACUUUUAAUAUUGCACCUAAAAUAGAAUUAAAGUAAAUAAGUGAAUAGGAUAAUUUACUUUUAUCUAUACAUAAAGGACAAGAACAAUGUUUUAAUGAAAAAAAAUUUCUUGAGUUAUAGGGAUUAAUAUAAAAGAUGGAUUAAAAGGAUGAACUUUAGUAAAAGGUAUUACUAAUAAUUCAUAUGAUUAUAAAUAAAGCAUAUCUUGUAUACAAUUUAGAACAAUUAUUCUAAGAAAUAUUGUAAAUAAAAUAUCAUUUAAAAUAGAAAAAAAUAGUUUUCUAAUUUUGAUAACUAUUAAUUUUAAUUAAUAUAGACAUGUUUAAUUGGAUAUCGUUUUAAGAUUCUUUAAAAUGCUUUUGCCAUUUGUUUUAACGAUAAAUGUAUUAAAAUUAAUUCAGUAUUUUAAACUAUUUUUAAAGAUUAAUUAGAAAAUGUAGCCUAACUAUUUUAUUAUUCAAAUAAUUAGAUUAUAAAAUAGGUUAAAAAAUUUGUUCUGAACUUUUUCGUUGAAACAAAAAAUAUAUUUACUCGGGCAGAAGAUGAUUUGAUUAAAUUAAAGAAUAAAUUUAAUUAUCCUAAGAAUAUUGAUAAUUUUUAUAAAUUAAUUGCUUCAGAAAAUAAAGCUGAUAUUGAGAUUUAUGGGAGAUGGUUUCAUUUUUUUUGGAGUCAACAUAUUAGAAAAUUGUUUAUUUAUGAUAAAACUAAAAUAUAGGAACUAAAAUAUUUACAGUAAUUAAAUAAUUAAUUAAGAUUAUUAGUAUAAAUAGAUAGAUUUUUAAAUUUAGACAAGGAGUAUCCAUUUUAAAAUUAUGACAAAGUAGAUAUAAAUAAAAUGAUAUAAAUAGAAACAAAUAAAGAGAAACUUGAAAAAUAAAUAUAUUUAAGAGUUUUUGUAUGA